AAAACACCGAAGGUAAGAGCGACAAAGCUAUCUCUACUCAGUAGUUCUCAGACCAGACUCACUGAGUCGAGACGAAACUCGCUAAAGGAAAUCGAAAGCGAUGGCUUUGCAGGUAUGGGAGACUUUGAAGGAGGUGAUAACUGCUUAUACGGGUCUAUCUCCGGCCACUUUCUUCACGGUUCUUGCUCUUUUGUGGGCCGUUUACUAUGUAGCAACCGGUCUAUUCAGGUCAUCCGAUGAUCAUCACCACCAACGGUCCAGGGCUUUCGAGGAGGAGCAGAUGGAGCCGCUCCCGCCACCGGUUCAGCUCGGCGAGAUUACUGAGGAGGAACUUAAGCAGUAUGAUGGGUCGGAUCCUAAGAAACCACUCCUCAUGGCUAUCAAGAGCCAGAUCUAUGAUGUUUCUCAAAGCAGAAUGUUUUAUGGUCCUGGUGGACCUUACGCAUUGUUUGCUGGUAAAGACGCGAGCAGAGCUCUUGCAAAGAUGUCUUUCGAAGAGAAAGAUCUAACAGGGGACAUUUCGGGUCUCGGUCCAUUCGAAUUGGACGCAUUGCAGGACUGGGAGUACAAGUUCAUGAGCAAGUAUGUCAAGGUUGGAACCAUCAAGAAGACGGUUCCAGUAACCGAAGGAGAUGCCAACGGUGAAGCCUCAGGAGCUGCAGAAAGUGAGGCUAAGCCAGCUGAAGACAGUCCAUCACAAAGUCCGGUUGUCGAAACGGAGGAAAAGGCUUAUCCUGCAGAUACUAAGGACGAGUAACAACUUCGGACUUAGCUGUGUCCGUUUCGAGAAGGUGAUCGGUCUUUCUACUGGACAUGACGUGCCAGAAGAGACGGUGUUACGUUGUUCGAAUGUGAAUCGAAUUCCAUAUAAACAUAAAACCUUAAGUUACUGCAGAUACUCUAGUAGCAAACUUGCCUAAAUGUUUAGUUCCGUAAAAAUAAAUUGGGAUGUUAAUUUCUGUUAAAAGUUGUUGUUCCUGCACAAUGAGCUA